AUGGCUCUUCCGUACGAGCCUAAGAGUGGUACGAUUCAAGGUGCUGACACUAGCAUCGCAGCCGACCGAUUCGUUAAGGUUUCGGGCGGCACUCUGGCCGGCCCUUUGAUCUGGUCAGGGGCUGACUUCAAGGAUGACCAUCCUUACACCCUUCGACUGAGCCACGAAGAUGUGCUUGAGAUUGACAAUGCCCUCGCUGAGUUCAAGAAACUUGAGCUCGAUGGAGACGAGGUUUCCCCAAACAACUUCCCACUCCCCCGCCUCUCCCGCCGCCUCCGAGCCUGCACCGAGACUCUCCAUCUCGGCCGUGGGUUCAGCGUCAUUCGAGGCUUAGAUGCGACCCGUUACACUGUCGAAGACAGUGUAGUCAUCUUCUUGGGCCUCGCCAGCUACAUCGCUGAGAAAAGGGGUCUCCAGGAUCGUAAGGGUAACAUGCUAUCCCAUAUUACUGAGUCGAAGCAGUGGACUGGUCCCGCAAGUGGUCGCCAUGGAAUCCACACUAACGAGGCACUGCCGUUCCAUACCGACAUGGGAUGCGACAUCCUCUCUCUCCAAGUUCGCAACAUCGCUGACAAAGGCGGCUACACCUAUCUGAGCUCUGCUUGGUGGGUGUUCAACGACCUCUUGAACCGCGAGCCAGAGGUUGUCAAAACCCUCCUGGCUCCCAACUGGCCCGUCCAGCUGCCUGGACGAAAGUCCACGUACUACCUUGCCUCCGUGUUCUCGUUCCACGACGGAAAGCUGCUGGUCAGCCUCGACCCUCAUCGACUCGGACCGCACCCGAAAAUAGUCGACUCCAAGAUUCCUCCCCUGACUCCGGCUCAGACUUAUGCUCUGCAGGAGGUUUCGAAGUCGGCUGCUCGAGCAGAGUUGCAGCUGACACUGAACAAGGGGGACAUCCUCUUCUUCAACAACUUGGCCUUGCUUCAUCGGCGAGAUCACUACCGGGACCACGAUAACUCGUCCCGCCACAUGGUCAGACUCUGGCUCCGCAGCCAGAAACUGGGCUGGGCUAUUCCCGACGCCCUGCUUCCUCCCUGGGAGGCGGUCUACGGGGAGAACCGAAAGGUUACCACCAGAAUCUACCCGCUGGUUCCCGUUGCCGACUACCCCGUCCCGCGCUACACUACUGGCUCUGCCGCGUUUUUGAUCGAGGAUGACCUGGAUCUGUCCGACUCUGAAUGA